CCAACGGAGUACUGGAAUUAUCCAGUAAAGAGAAACGAUUUGGAACAUGCAGAACAAACUGUUCUCCGUUUCGGUGAUCGCACUGGGCUUGUUGGGUUGGUAUGUGACCGUAUCCAGCCAGGCGCAGACGUUCAAGUACUUCAAGAUGGAUCGCAUCGCAAACUGUGAGCCGAUGGAUCAAUUCCCCGUCGUAAUGCUGCCGAACUUCACGGUCAGUGUUAAUCCCAAUGAGAACUAUUUCAACUGCACGCUUCACAUCAAGGAAGAAAUCGAGGGUCCUCUGCAGUACAAGGCUAGCAUUAAGCGCUGUGAGAUGGACCUGUCAAAGUGUGAAUACUUCAACACGAUCGAGACGAACGAACUGUGCGAUCAGUUUGAGGAUGAAGGAUUUAAGGACCGAUUUCUGAACAGCAUCUCGCAGCCCCUGUCAUGCCCGACCAAGCCGGGAUAUUAUCAGUUCACCAACACAAAGUGGGACCUCUCGCCGGUCGUGAAUCUGCCGGGCACUGCGUACCGCUGGAAUAUUGCCACGCACGUGACGCAGCUAGCGACGGGACGCCUUAUUUACUGCCAGGAAAUUAUGGCACGCAUUGUGGUGAUUCGAAAGAAGAGCAACAGAGUUAAGCAGUAGAGUAUAUUGUUUUAUAUAAUUUUUUGUAUUGGUAAUUAUUAUGGGCACAAAUAAACAAAAAAUGGAGUUACA